AAUUUGUUUUACAACAUCAAUAACUAAAAAUACGUUUUAUCUUAAUUGAAAUUUCAUCUUACGUUCAAUUAAAAUGAUUACAUUCAGUCACCAGAAAUGAAUUAUUUUGUGAUUAUUCUUGGCGUGUUAUUUAAUGAAAUUUUGGAAUCAAUAAGCCAAGAAUGUCAAAUAGACUGCCCUGUUGAAAAUGAAAACAUGAUUUGUGCCUUCGAAAUAAACAAAAGCUCCUACAAUAUGUUUCCGAGCAAAUGUGCAAUGGAAGGCUUUGCUAAAUGCUAUGACAUGGAUUUUGUAAGGACGCCGCUAAAAUAUUGUAUAAAAGAACACUUCGCAUUAACUCGACGCAUGUACGGUGAAUCCUGUCCUGUGUUUUGCCCCAAUCAUUACCGACCCGUAUGCGGUUCAUCUAAAUACAGAGACUAUUUGUACAGGACUUUCACUAACGGUUGUUAUCUAGAUAUGAUUAAUUGCAGAGGAGAUGACGAUUACACAGGCUACGUCGAAGUCCCACUGCAAUUCUGCCAAAGACAUCAAAUGAAAAAUAUAUUCAAAGAAAAACUCAUAAUGUCCAAUGUUUACGACCACCGUGAUUAUUAAUAAAAAGGUCUUCUUUUUAAAAGGAA